AUGGCAAAAGAGAGACUUGGUUCAGUGUACAGCAAGAACAGCAAUUUUAAAGCUGAGUUUCACAAACUAAUCAACUACAGCAUAACAGUUCCAGAAUUUGAGGCUGCAUGGCAAGAGCUCAUGGAGAAGUACGAUCUUAAGGAGCAUCAUUUUCUCACUCCUAUAUAUGAGUCACGGCACCCUGACCUUACAAUAAGUUUACAGGGUGGUGUCAUGUUGAAAACCGGGUGGCCAAUCGAGAAACACGCCGCAAGUAUAUACACGAGCAAAAUGCUUGAGAUGUUCAGCGAGCAUAUUUUUGAUAGUGCAGCUUACAAUUUGAUUGAGAUCGUGCUGAACUUAAAGUAUCAGACUGUUCAUUCUGAUGCUAGUAGGAGAGAGAAGUGGUCCAAAGUACAGUACGAGGUAAUGCUCAGACUUGGAGUAGACAAAGUACCAGAUGCACAUAUUUUGAAGAGAUGGACUAAGAAUGCAAGUGAUGUACUUCCACAAUAUUUCGCACAUCUACAGAAAGACAGAGGUUCAUUAAGGUCAGAGUCUUAUCGCCAUGCGUCACUCCAUGUGGCAGCUCUUGAACUUGUUAAUAUUGGUGACAAGAACAUUGAUUGUUACCAUGAGGUGCUGAAAUAUUUGAAAGAUGGGAAGGAAAAAUUUGGUCAGCUGUACCAACACACAGAUGGCCGUAGUCUGCAGGAGAUUCUUGCUAGCACGGUGGUACGUGCAGACGAAGAAGCAGCUGGUAAUAUUAUUGUUCCUGGGCAGCUUCAUAGUGCUGUGAUAGCACCAGUGCGCAACCGUCCAGAAGGAAGACCAACUAAUACAAGGGACAAACCAUCGUACGAGUUAAAGAGGAAGAGGACAAAGUUUUGUACCGAUGGUGUUUGA